GAAUGGGCGGGACUUGUUCCAGAUUGAAGGCUGUCGUUUCCUGCCCUCUUGACGUCAUAACAGCACUGCGCUGGCUGUCAGUGUGGUGGGUUGUGGGCGGGUUGGUUGAGUUGUUGCGGAUACUAUAUAUGGCGAAUCGAAGCUGUAGUAAAGGUUUUGUUGGUAUAUGAAUUAUUUGUCGAACAAACAACAUGGAUCCAGUUCAGUCUAAUUUGACUAGCACAGUUCUUAAAGUUGCUGAAGAAAUUGAGGGAAAGUUGGAUGAAGAACUAAAGGAGUUGGAAGAUAUUGACAAACUCCGUGAGAGGCGUUUAAAGGAGCUGAAGGAGAGAGCACAACUCGAAAAAGAGUGGACAGCCUUGGGUCAUGGGCAGUAUGAUGAGCUGUCAGAUGAGAAGGAAUUUUUUAAUGCAACAAAGAAAUCAAAAAAUGUUGUUUGUCAUUUUUUUAAAAGUCAAAUAUUCCUUUGUAAAGUGAUUGACUACCAUAUGAGGGUACUGUGCAAGCGACACCUCGAAGCAAAAUUCUGCAAAAUUGAUGCUGCAAGGUGCAAGUUUCUUAUUGAAAGACUUAAUAUAAAGACUUUUCCAACUAUCUUGUGUGUAGUGGAAAGUCAGGUGAGGAGCCGUGUCGUCAACUUUGUGGAGAUGAGGCAAUGCGAAGACCAUUGUACCAACGCUCUGGAGUGGCAUAUUGCUAAGACAGGUGUAUUGCUAUAUAGUGGUGACCUUAAUACACCUCCAGAAAUGAGUCACUCAAAAAAGAAACUGAAAGCUGUUCGUGGUAUCAGAGGCGGAAGUGAUGAUUCAGAAGAUUCAGACUUUUAGUCUGAAGAACUUUGACAAAUAAUGUUGAAGAAAUAACAAAUUAACUGCAGGCUUACUGAUUACUACUGAUUACAUUAUUAUACCAUUUAAGAUUUUUGUAAUAAAUCAUUAAAAUGUUGGUCAA